UAAGAGAAGACACAAAACUCAGAAGUGCUGCAACUGAAAAUGUCAGAAGUAGAGUGGAGGCGGAAAUGGAAACCAGAUUUGAAAGCAUGUCCGUGGCAACCGAUAACGAUUGCCAAUCAACAAUAUCUGUUCAAAUGCAAGUAUACACACAGUUCAUACGAACUACUGAUUACAGACAAUGUGAAGUUUUGGUUUGAACAACUCGAAGGAGAAGAUUUGGAAGAACGAACUGUUACGCUAAAUCCAAAUGUGAAAGCAACCCCAACAAGAAUUCUGGAUGAAAUACAGAACUGCCUAGAAAAUCCCUCAAAGAAAACUAAGUUAUCAGCAUCACCCAAAAAGAAUAAAUUUGUUAUAAAUGUGGAUUCACAGUUGGCAGGAAUGGCUUUUGUUUGGCAGUUUCAUUGUGAGGAGACAGAUAGCAGCAUGAUUUCAGAGAACUUCAAUGUUCCUUUACUAGCAAUGGUUGCUGAAUUAACUCGUCGUAAUAAAGAAUUGGUAAAAAUUAUUGAAGCUAAAGAUAAAGAAAUUGAUGACUACAAAUCUCAAGGGGCCAAAACAUCUAGAAAGCAUAUAGAAACUGCCAUGUUUGUAACCACAGCAUUUGAGAACGACAUGAUUAUGUCAAAAGAUUUUGAAGAGGAAGUGAAGCGACUCGGAACUUCAGGGUUUUCCGAGGACAAUCAGGACCUGUACAGACAAAUCAUGACUCGUUACGCAUAUUUGACUCGAGUAGUGGCAGCAGAGGAGAAGACCGAUGAGUCUUUGGAGGAUAAGAAGACUCCUUCUGUUAAUUCAUGGGAAACCAACAGAUUGCCCGCCUCUCUGGCUGACCGCAGUCCUGUUAAAUCCGCAAACAACUCUCCACAAAAAAGUCCAGCCAAGAGUGGCAGCUCCGCAGAGCCAUCGCCGGUCAAGGACACGGAGUUACUCAGGAGACAAGCACUGGAGAGAAAGCUGGAGGAUGAAGAGAGAAAGAAGAAUGAACCAAAGAAAAAGAAGAAAAAGAUUGCAUUCUAAUAAUCACCACUCUGAGACUACAUAUGAUGGACAUUUGACAUAGAUUUCAGUGAUAUCUCUUAAAAGUUUACACUUAGUUCACCAUCUGAAUAUAGAUUAUGUGGGAAUAUGAAAGGACAACAAUUUGAAUGAGCAAAUAUUUAUUGGAUAGUUAUGUGUCAAAAUAAUAACAUAUCUGAGAUAUCACUAAUGGUUGUAGCAUAGUUCUGUAAAUAAUAUUUUUUCUUACAUCUGCAUGUACGCAUUAAGAUUCAAUGAACUUAGGGUAAGUAAAAUUAAAUAUGAA